GUUAGUGCACCAAUAUCGCGGCCUUCUCCAGAAGUAUCCCAGCCCCCCCUCUCCCUCUCCUACCCCCUUCCCACUCAACGUCCUUCCUUGUGUUAUCUUUUCCCGACUUGCCAUUGUAACUCCGUUUUCUUCUUCUCUUUUCCUCACUCCUUGUUGGCGACUCACCCACGCUCCUUAACCAAAUACCUCAAGAGUCGAGAGCUUCUAUCGUCUUGGCCGAAUAAUAUACGAGGAGUCAAUCGCAACACGUCACCACCAGCCAUGUCGCUCUUCAGCUGGUGUUCGAAAAGAGUCGGAGGGCUGGCCAUGCUAAUGACCAUAACCCUCAGCUACUGGGUUAUCUCCAAGGAAGCAGCUGCAGCGCGAUAUGACUACAAGUAUAUCCCUCAGGAUUCAUUAAGCAAACCGUCGCAUUCGGCCACCUCAACCUCCUCAGGAGGUGGCAUCUGGACCCUCGUCUUCGCCUACUACUGCCUCCUAAUUCAUAUACUGGUCUUCGCCUUCCCGAUGCGAUCAUGCUGGGCUCUAUUCGACGUAACUCGGAAUUUGACCAAGGUUGCGCGGAGCACCUCGCUCAGGGAUUUCAAGCUAACUCACCGUCGUCGCGGCUCGUCUACCUCUCUCUCCAGUUCCGAGACAUUGACGUCCUCCAAAGAAGAUUCGCUCCCUUCUUCUGCUACCAGCAGCGAAGCUGGCGACAUUGAAACCGAAUUCUACACCGACGGUGACAGUGUUCACGACCAAGUUGUUCACGCAAUUGUUAUUCCCAACUACAAGGAGGAGGUUGACAGCUUGAGAGAGACGCUCGAUGUUUUGGCUUCGCACUCCCAAGCCCGAUCCGACUAUGAUGUCUACCUCGCUAUGGAACAACGUGAACACAACGUCGAGAUGAAGGCCAUGGGUCUCAUUCAAGAAUUCGUUAAGAAGUUUCGUUCAAUCGACUUUACUCUCCAUCCUUCUGAUAUCCCUGGCGAGUCUCCUGGAAAGGGUAGCAACAUCGCAUGGGCUGCGCGCAAACUCAGUGAGAGGUAUACCUCAACUAUGAGGAAGAACGUAAUUGUAACUGGAAUUGAUGCCGAUAGCCAUCUGUCAACCAACUACUUCGCUCAACUUACGAACAUGCACGUAUCUUACCCUGAAACUGCGAGUACUACUCUGUAUUCUGCUCCUAUCAUCUUCGACCGUAAUGCUCAUGCUGUCCCUGCUAUUGUCCGUGUGGCAGAUGUUCUAUGGGCUGCCGCUGGUCUCUCUGGUCUCUACCGCGGUUCAACUAUUUCCCCCCCUACUUCUGUCUAUUCCGUGCCGCUUAUGUUGGUCGACCGAGUCGGUGGUUGGGACGGUGAUUCCGAAGCUAUUGGCGAGGAUUUGCACAUGUACCUGAAGUGUUUCUUCGCGCUCAACGGAAACUUAACCGUGAGAGCCAUCAUGAGUCCUGUUAGUCAGAGCAAUGUUAAGGGUAACGGUGGUAAGGGAGUUCGAGAGGUAUACAACGACAUGCAGGCCCGUUAUAAGCAAGCUUUACGACACAUGUGGGGAGCUUUGGAUUCUGGAUUCGCUCUUCGGAAGUUCGUGGAGCUCUGGCAAGAACGCAAUCAUACUGCCAGAGCUUUCCGCCCCCUCCACGUCGCCUUAAACAAUCCUACCGAUUCAUACAUCACGCAAAGUCAGCUCGACAUUAGCCCAGAGCAGACUCUUGAGAGCCAGGUUUUCCAUGAUGUUACUUCCGAUACGCUAAAGGAGCCUGACUGGAAACGAAUCGUCUUCCUUUUCCACCGACUUUUUGAGGCUCACUUCUUACCCCUGCAGAUGACCAUCCUCGUUGUUGCUUCAACAUUGUACAUGUGGGUUACUGAUAACUCGGACCCUCACCAUUUGGGUUGGCUCUUCGCUGUUUGUAAUGUCUUGAGGACAGCAGGCCUUAUGGAGGUCGUACUAAUGCUGUUCCUAUACGAGAAGUUCCACAAGAUUUGUGUCACCACGCGUGAGAGGGAAAUGAACGAGGCUGGUCUAUCCAAGGGAAUGUGUUUCUCUCAUCGUCAUAUUAAGAAGAACUUUAUCGACUACGCCAUGGCGCCGCUCGUCGCGCCGCUAUAUGGGUCGAUACCGACAGCUCAGGCUCAACUAAUGCACUUUUUCACGUUAGAUCUGGUGUAUACGGUCAGCAAAAAGGUUACGCGGCAAAGGGCAAAGUCUGUGCUCGCGAGUGUUAUGCCGUAAAGAGUUUGGUUAUUUUAAGUUUAAUAAUAUUCGUCCAGACCGACUACUGCGGUGGUUCGGGUCUGUCGCGCGCUUCCAGUUCGAUUCUCUAUCA